CCUUUUGCCUUUUUCUACUUCUUCCUCAGUUUCAGUCACGUGCCAGACUUUUUCUUAAUUACAAACUGAUAGAUGGUCCACAUCUCAACUAACAGUAUUGACGCUGUAAGAGCAUCAGAUUUGAAACAUAUCUGUGUUAAUGAAGAGUGACUGCAUGCAAACGACAAUAUGUCAGGAAAGAAAAAAAGAUCCCAUAGAAAUGUUUCAUUCUGGACAGCUGGUAAAAGUCUGUGCCCCAAUGGUUCGAUAUUCAAAGUUGGCUUUUAGGACACUAGUAAGAAAAUAUAGUUGUGAUCUGUGUUACACACCAAUGAUUGUUGCCGCUGAUUUUGUCAAAUCUAUAAAAGCCAGAGACAGUGAAUUUACCACAAAUCAAGGUGAUUGCCCAUUGAUUGUUCAGUUUGCUGCUAACGAUGCAAGACUUUUAUCUGAUGCUGCUCGUAUAGUCUGUCCUUAUGCGAAUGGAAUAGACAUUAACUGUGGUUGCCCUCAGAGGUGGGCAAUGGCAGAAGGUUAUGGGGCUUGCUUAAUAAACAAGCCAGAGCUUGUUCAAGACAUGGUGAAACAAGUAAGAAAUCAAGUGGAAACCCCUGGAUUUUCAGUUUCUAUUAAAAUAAGGAUCCAUGAUGACCUUAAAAGAACUGUAGAUCUUUGUCAAAAGGCUGAAGCAACAGGAGUUUCCUGGAUUACAGUCCAUGGAAGAACUGCUGAAGAAAGACAUCAGCCAGUGCACUAUGAUUCCAUUAAAAUAAUUAAGGAAAAUAUGUCUAUACCUGUAAUUGCUAAUGGAGACAUCAGAAGCUUAAAGGAAGCAGAAAAUGUGUGGCGGAUUACUGGGACAGAUGGUAAGAAAUAAGUGUGAAGAAAAAAAAUGACACUCCAAUGGGCUGCAGUGGCAACCUUUCUUUAUGCCGAAAUAGGACUCAUUUUAAUCUUCUGCCUACCUUUUAUUCCUCCUCAGAGAUGGCAGAAGAUUUUUUCAUUUAAUGUCUGGGGUAAAAUUGCAACUUUUUGGAACAAGGCUUUCCUUACCAUUAUCAUCCUAUUGAUUGUUCUAUUUCUAGAUGCUGUGAGAGAAGUAAGGAAAUAUUCCUCAGUUCAUACCAUUGAGAAGAGCUCCACCAGCAGACCUGAUGCCUAUGAACACACACAGAUGAAACUUUUUAGGUCUCAAAGAAAUCUUUACAUUUCUGGAUUUUCACUAUUUUUUUGGCUAGUGUUGAGACGUCUGGUUACGCUUAUUACUCAACUGGCAAAAGAACUGUCAAACAAAGGUGUACUUAAAACUCAAGCAGAAAAUACUAACAAGGCUGCCAAAAAAUUUAUGGAAGAAAAUGAAAAACUAAAAAGGAUUUUGAAAAGCCAUGGUAAAGAUGAAGAAUGUGUUUUGGAAGCAGAAAAUAAAAAACUAGUAGAAGACCAGGAGAAACUGAAAACUGAAUUAAGGAAGACUUCAGAUGCCCUUUCUAAGGCACAAAAUGGUGUGAUGGAAAUGAAGAUGCAGUCAGAGAGACUUUCGAAAGAAUAUGAUCAACUCCUGAAAGAACACUCUGAACUUCAGGAUCGUUUAGAAAGAGGCAACAAGAAAAGACUGUGAACUUUAUAAAAGACACUUGCAAUAUACUGUAUCAAAAUGAUAAUUUUGUUAUGUUAGCCUCUAGAAAAUUUAAGUUCAGAAAAAUGCACUAUGACCGGUUCGUAAUUUUUUUAAUGCCACACAUAGGUUGUAUUAUAAUGGCAUUAUCAAAAUAUUUGAUGAUGUUUCAGAUAUAUUGCAAAGUCUGUAUUCCAGCUCUUAAGAAAAAUAUAAGCAUGUUAAAUACCAUAUUUACAUAUUGAUAAUGUCAUUGGUAUAUGGUGGCUGUUUACCAACAAAAGGAAAAAAUUCAUUAACCGGUUGCUUCCAAAAUUAGAAGUUUUAAGUUGCAUGAAACCAUUAAUAGCCUUGAAAGCUUUGAUAAGUUUUCAGUAAUAAUAACCUAUUUAAUCAGAUGAUUAUGUGUUUGAAAAUAGUGUUCAAUAUCAGCAAAUUUGUACACAGGGAAUGUAAAUAAGGAUAACUGAUCAGAGUUAUCCACUGUAUUUAUAAGGAAGAGUCAGAAAAAAACAAUGACCUUAGUUUUUUUUAAGCCUGAUGAUACUAUGGUUUACUCUAAUAAGAUAGCUAUAUUGAUAAUUACAUUUUUGUUACUGUGCCCUUGCACAUUUUGGUCUUUUUGUUGAUAUUUUUAUUAAUAACACAUAAUUAGUUACCACUCUACUGUUUCAAGUUAAUCUAGUAAUAGAGCUUACAUAUAUUUGUAUAACUGCUAUACCACUGAACUGAAUUUAUUUUACAACAGUGUAGAAUUCUUGAAAAGUUAACGUAGAAAAUAUCCAAAAAGCAGUAUUUCUAGAAAGUAUCCAAAAAGCAGUAUUUCUUUCCCUUGGUUGUGAGAGUAACUAAUUAUAUAAAUAUUACCUCAAAAAUACAUACACUGGUAUCACACAGUCUUUCUACAAUGUUUCUGUAUUCUGAAAGCUAAAUAUUAAGUACUAUUUUUCCAUUCAAAUAUUCAUUUAGAAUUUCCUUUAGAAGAUGGCAGUGAUUAUAAUAUUAAUAUGAUUUCAUUUGUUCCAGUGUUUAGACAUGAAAUCAUCUUCCUUGUCUCAUGAAAACCUAAAUAUAAAAAAAAGGAAAAUACUGGAGUUUUUAUUUCUCUUGUCUUUGUUUCAUCCUCUGUUUAUUAUAAUUCUAGCACCAACUUCACACCUAGCUAAUUUUUUUCAUCAUAAAGUAGAUGAAAUGAGCAAGUACCUAAAAAUUUUAUUUCAGAUAAAAGUCAGGAGUUACUGCUAAAAAACAGACAUGUAGGAGACAUUCAACAGGAGUAAGAAAUGAGAGUUAGACCAUAUGGGCUGACAACACCAUAAAUAACAAGAAAAGGGAGUGCUGAAAUAGGAGAGAACAGAGCAAAUGUUAGCUCAAAGUAUAGACUUAGAAAUAUCAAAGUAAGAGCUAUCUGGAUAAAUAUAUAGAUAUUGAGUGUUUGGAAUCCUAGCCUACUAUGUGAAAAUUAAGUCUAAUGUCAGAAUAACUUACAGAAAAAUAGAAAAUGCACAGCUUUAAAAUGGGCAGAGUUAAAAUCUAAUCCCAGCUUUAUCACUUAUUUAGCCAUGCUAGCCUAGGCCUCUAUUUCCUUGUCUCCAAAAUGAGAAUAAUAAAAUUUAGGUCAGGAUUACUAUAUAAACUAAGAUAAUACAGUGAUUCUCAAAGUUGUUCAGACUGUAUAGUAAGGAGAAAGUCUGGUUGCACUUUGAAGAGCUUGAAGAUUUGAAAGAUUCCCAAAAAAGCAUUUUAAAGUUUACAUUUAAGGGACCUUGGACCUCAACCCUCUCAAGUUUACAAGUCUGAAACUUUAGACAUCAAAAGUUUGAGCAGUUUUUCCAAGGCAACAUUGAUAGUUAGAUUCAGGGCCAGGCUGUAAGUCUAGAAUUUAGAUAUCCUGAUCCCCCAGAUACCGCUCUUCUGGUUAUACACAGACCAGCUAUAAUUUGCUAAACAUAAAAUAUUGCAGUGUAUUAGCCAGCUGUGGCUCCAGAGUCUGUGCCCUUUACCACCGUGCCCAACUGUUUCAUAUGCUGUGUUUGGUAGUUUGUCCUAGUACUCUCCUUAAUAAUGGUGGUGUUUAGCAAAUUGUAUUACAUAAAUAAAUAUUUAUUUCAUGGAUUGA